AACAGUAAAAGUAUGUGACUAAAAGUGGAAGUGGAGAGGCUGUCACCGAAGCCGAGCAUGUUGGGAGGCAGCGCGGGUGGCUACACCUGGACGUCCACCGACGACGAGUUCUCUGACGCGCUCAGCACGCCCGUCACUGAGAAGAAGGACAUAUUGAGUCCGCUACAGAAUGAGAAGAAGCCUCUCAUCAACUAUUUGGUGGAUACUAUUCAAAAUAAACUUAUACCCAGUGACGUGUCUUCGGAGUUAGAGACAGAGGCGUACAAGGCAGAACGUAAAGUGCAUUUUCAAGAGUUCUAUCGGACGCUGUAUCCACAGGCUGAGGUCUCGCCCUGGUACUACUGCUACAAUAAGUUCAGUGUUGAGAAUGAGCUGGAAGGCGGGCCCGAGUCGCCGCUGUCCGCUCUCAACGUGUACUACAUGCGUGACGCGCUCGGCGACCGUCCGCAGCGACAACACGAGAUCCACGUGCUAGAAAAGUAUGCGGAGAACUGUCUCUACAGGGACACAGCGUUGAGCGUAGCGUGCUUUGCUCGCUGUGCCGACGUCGGCCGGCUGCGGGAGCUGGCGAGCACGGUGUACCACGAGACCGCAGUGGCGUCCGUGAUGUACGCCGCACUGCUCAAGUGUGGCGUGGCCGGGCUCAAGGACCACGUGUACUACAGCAGGCCGCGCGACAUGGCGUUGAUUGCGCUGGAGUCCAAGGGGCCGAGCUCGGAUCAUAUGGAGAUCGUGCGUCACUGCAUCAGGUCUCUGUGCGCCAGCAGCGAGGCGCGGCAGCUGCGGGACGUGGGCUUGGACGUGAACACGCUGCUGUACCACGCCGAUCCCGAUUACCGCCAGGAGCUGGUGUACAGGCUCGCCAGUUGCAAGCAGGAGGUGAACGGUCGCAUGGCGUGCCGUCUCGCCAUGAAAUACGGAAUGGAUGUAGUGGACGUGUGGGUGCGGCAUCUCACUGCAGACCCCACACUGGCCCAUUUGACACCCAGCUACGUGGCUGACUUCGCCACCAUCCCCCAUGCGCAUCAGAGGAUCGUGGAAGUGAUUUGGCCGCAGAUGGCGGGCGCCAACCACCCUACUCUCAUCAACUACUUCACGUUGCUCAAAAACGUGGACGAAAAGUUGCCAGUGUUCGGGCUCACACCCGCAGAACAUAUCAAGAUCCUUAAGAAGGCUAAGGCUGCUUCGCCAGAUCUCAACUACAAGUUGCUGGUCGAAGGCCCGACAGAAGAGGAGUAUACCUCGCAUAUCCUCCACAUCAUCAAGCCGGAGAACGCGGCGCUCCUCACCAAGUUCCUGCGGACGCUGCCGUCCACCUUCAAGAUUCCCGUGCCCGUCAACGUUAUCUACACCAAGUGGCUUAUCAGAUACUUCUUUGAUGCCAGUGCGUCGAACAGCACCAAGAAGUGGAUGCAGCGGUACCGCGAGUGUGUCAGCUACUUCAGCAAGCUCUCGCAGCAUGACAUACUCGCCUUCCUCGACGCAGUCUGCUUCUCCAGCGAGGCUAUACAACUGCACCGGGUUCCCGGCGCGACCCGUUCUCUGAUGUUGAUGCAGGGCGCGGAGUACUGCCAGCAGGAGCACGACAGCGAACUCAACAUCAACAAGAAUGACGGGUCGUGGUCUAUCGCGUGUCAGCAAGUGAGCAGCUGGGCUAGCUUCUUGGAUAGUUUCCACUCCGGGGCUGUGCGAUGCGUACGAGACGCCGUGCUGCCACCGCACUCUGACGCUUGGAUUGAGCUAGAGAUGAGUCAUGGCGAUCCGGAGCGCGUGUUGGGUGCAAUCAGCGGGCUGGUGUUCACCACCAACGUAACAUUGCCCGCAUUAGAGUCGCUGCUGCAGUGUCUCAACCUCCAGCUGGAAGUACCGCAGCUGUUCCAGCACAUCGCUGAUAACUUCGUACACGAUCUAGACGACACGGUAACGCUAGUGUCCCGCAUGACGCAGUACCACAAGGACGGCGCCACAUUCCCCGACCCGCUGGUGGAGCUGGUGCUGCAGAAGGCCUCUCACUUCGGUCUCCCGCCACACAAGCAGCUGCCCCUGCUGUCUCUCUCGCAGCGCACGUCGCACGACACAGCGGACCUGCAGAAGGUCGCCGCCUCCACCAUCGACCUCAUUCGAACCGAAUGGCCCGAUCAACAGUUUGCUAAGCAUUUAACAGAAGAGCAAAUCUCGAUCGAAGAAGAGCGUGCCAGUUUGUUCAACGAGUGCGUGCGAGCGUGUACGGGCUGGCGACAGCGCCGCGCGCUUGCUGACGUCAUACACUGCUGGCCGCUUACCAGAGACCAAGACGGUCGCAGUGUGCAGUGCGCUUACAUCAAGCGGCUGAUCCAGGCGGAGGACGGUCACCCCGACGAGACGCGCGCACUGCUCAAGCUGCUGUUGCGGAAACCGCUGCUCACCGACGAGGAGGUAGAGUGGUGCGUGAGUGACUGUGAGGGGACGGGCUCCGUGACGGCGUGUUGGCUGCUCGCGCUCAGCAACGUCGCACACAAGCACCGCCUGCUGCUGAACGUGUUGGACAAGCACCGCAAAUCUAUGCAAAGUCAGAUGGUGGACGACGAAUUAGUCAGUGAGCUGCUGAAGCAGGGAUUAUUCGUAAAGUUGGUUUCGAGUCCACUCUACUCGUCUAUCGUAACAUAUAUACUGAGCUCUGAAGCGAGUGGAGAACCCUCAACAACUUAUACUGUAACAAGAGCAGUCCAAGAACUAAUGAACGCCGGUUUCUUGGCUGAAGCAGGACAUCUCAGAUUAUUGUCUAUGGGUGUUCCAGCUUCCCUGAGUGGUUUUACGGAAUCUGUGUUAUAUUGUAAAAAAUUCUUUAAAUAAUAUUUAAAAUGUUUUGUGUUACUAAAUAAUAAGUAUAACUUAUUAAAUGAUCUCAGAUCAGUGUUAAGCUU